AUGGAAGUGGACUCAAUGGCCGGUCAGGACAUGAUCAUCAAUGCACAGCUCAUCACACAGCAGACGCAAGAAAAUACUGAACAAAUGGAUGUUGAAGAUGAAGAGAAUCGUCCCGUACGUCCGAAUUUUCCAGCCUUGAGUGCCCAGCAACAAUCAGGAGGCAAGAAUGAUUUUCGUCGCGUGCGUGUGCCUGCUCAUCGUUAUACGCCAUUGAAAAAUGACUGGACGAAUAUCAUGAAGCCCAUUGUCGAGUAUUUAAAACUACAGAUUCGUAUGAAUACCAAGACACGGUGUAUUGAGCUCAAGAACUCAUUGCAUACGACCGAUGCUGGUGCAUUACAAAAGGCUGCUGAUUUUGUACAGGCGUAUAUGAUGGGAUUUGAAGUACAGGAUGCCGUAGCUUUAUUACGUCUAGAAGAUUUGUUUAUUGAUACAUUUGAGGUAAAUGAUGUCAAGAUGCUCAAGGGUGAUCACUUGAGUCGUGCGAUUGGUCGUGUAGCUGGACAGGAUGGUAAGACCAAGUACGCUGUGGAGAAUGCAACACGUACGCGUAUUGUACUAGCUGACCAGAAGAUUCAUAUUCUUGGUUCAUUCUCGAAUAUUAAGCUAGCACGUGAUGCAAUCUGCUCGCUUAUUAUGGGUGCACCACCAGGCAAGGUGUACAACAAGAUGCGUAAUGUAGCUAGUAGAAUGAAUGAACGAUUUUAA